AUCAGUGCCGAUCUUGUGGGGCAUGAUUAAAACGGUGAUAAUCUCUAUCCAAUGAAGACACCAUGGCUCAGACGGUGAUGGGAAUCGCCUCGAUAUGCGACCGCUACCUUGUGGCUGUUGGUAUUGUUCUCAACCACUCAGCAUCGGAUAUUUCGACCACCACCGAUCACUACCGCGUGGUUGUUUAGAACCGAGGAUCAACCUGUUGUUCUUGCCGUACAUUGGAGGAUAUCUCACCCUGUAUCCGGGCAGAGCCUUAAUAGGUGACCUAUCAUGUGCAUUGAUGGCUUAUAAUCCCAAGGAUCGGGCGCGAACGCUUGUGGUCGGCUUCAAGAGGAAAGUCGGUCCGGAUAGAUAAACAGUGGCUGAAUUGGCCGAAUCCCAAUCAAUGUUGGGCGGCUGCCGCUCAGCCAUUUCCAUGUGUAGUAGGGAUCGGUCAUGCCGAGAAAAAGAUCUUUUUUCUUUUUUUUCU